AUGAAAGAUUCUAUCGAAUUCGUACACGCGGAAGUGAUAGAUUUGAAGAAAGAAAACGAAAGCCGCAAAGCAGGAGAAACAAAAAUGGACGAGAGAGUUAAAAAAUUGGAAGAUUUGAAUACAACACUAAGAAAUCGCGUCAUUGACCUCCAAACAAGGUCGAUGCGCGACAACUUGAUAUUUUAUAAUAUCAAGGAAUCGAAAGAUGAAAAUGUGACCGAUAUCAUACACAAUGUAUUGGAAAAUCAAUUGGAGCUUGAAAACGCGAAAAGUUCAGUGAAAAUUGAUCAUCGCGCACACAGAUUGGGAAAACAAGAUCCGCGCUCAGCAAGACCACGAGCCAUUGUGUGCAAGCUAAACAUUUUUUAA